GAUAAUUACAUAACAGAGAUACACGCUGGAGAUUUGCCACCUCAACUGUCGAACGUAGACUUCAGUGACAACCCAAUUGCCACCAUAGACGAAACUGCAUUCGACCAGUCAACCGCAACGCUUAAUGAACUUCAGUUCUCUGGCGUUCACUUCAAGGAGGUUCCCUUGGCUUUACUACACCUGACCUCCUUGAAGACGCUAAUCAUCCAAUGGGCCAACAUCCUUGUUUGGAGGGAGGACAUCAUGAAACAUCUUUGUUCCACUUUAGAACUUUUAGUUCUUGAUAACGUGGGUUUGACUUCUUGGCCAACAUGGAUCCAAUACUGUCUUCACCUGACAACGCUGCAGCUCUCCAGUGGAGUCUUAACGAACAUGCCAGAUAAUGCAUUGGACAACCUGACCAACAUAACAUCGCUAAAUCUAGAAAACGCCAGCUUGGUCACUUUUCCAAAAUCAGUGUCCAAAUUAACCUUACUGACAGAACUGACACUGGACAGCAAUAAUAUUUCUCAAGUAACCGGACUUGAUUCGUUGACCAGCUUGAUCACGCUAAGUAUGAUGAACAACAAGUUAUCAGACGGUGGUCAGUUGAGCAACGCCUUACGUCCACUCGCCGCCUCGCUACAGGUUCUUCAGUUGAAUGGAAACAAACUAACUGCUUUUCCAGAUUUGGUCUUCUUGCAGAAACUCCAAGAGGUUUAUCUUACAAAUAACCGCAUAUUUAACAUUGGCUUCUCCCAAAUACCUUCUUCUUUAACAAAUCUUGAUUUUGAGAAUAACUUUGUGCAAUCCCUGUACGCGUUUAUGCAAACUGGAGAUAACCUCAUGACAGUUAGGUUCGAUUAUAAUUCCAUUAGCGAUAUUCGAGGAGUCGAUAUUACACCAAGUGUAAGAGAUGUCUACAUCUCUCAUAAUCUGAUUACCCGGAUCAGCGAUACCGCUUUUCCAGAGAAUUCCUCAAUGGAGAUCCUAAUUCUUGAUUACAAUCCAAUCAUCAGCAUUUCCCUUUCUGCGUUUUCAAACCUGAAAAAGCUGACAUAUUUAUCGCUAAUGAGUACCAAGUUGUCCCGUCUGUCUGUAGCUUUUACUGCUUUGGCAAAGCUGGAAACCCUAGACAUGAGGGAGAACUCUGUUCUGGUGUGUACGUGCCUGGAGAAAUCUCUGCGACCUUGGGCACAGUCAGAAUCCCUGAGAAUAUUUGGAGACUGUGGUCCAACAAGUAUCGUGGAUUUUCUGGUGGGCCUCAGCGUGGGCUGCCCGGAAUAG